AUGACCCACCUGAAGUGUUUAAAUGGAACAAGGAUCACUUUAGGCACACUCAAGUCAAAGAAAGUGGGAAUCAAUUUUGCUCCUGUAACAGUUGACCAUUGGAAUAUUGAAAAGGAGAACUUCGUUGUCAGUUUGGCAUUUUCAUGUAUAAGUCAACUUGAGAGCAUUCUUCAAAUUCUAAAUCCAUUCACGGCUACAACAAAUGAGAUGAAAAACUCCAUUUCCAAAGAUCAAACGCAGAUUGUAAUUUUUCCACUAGAAAUCAUCAUAGAGAUUCUUUCAAGAUUACCAGUCAAAUCACUCCUCAAGUUCAAGUGUGUUUCAAAAUCAUGGCUUUCUUUAAUUUCAAGCUCUCAUUUUGCUAAAUCCCAUUUAAAGAUAUCAUCAAGAAACAACAAAUUCUCACACAAAAAACUCCUUUUACUCUCCAUGUAUCUUCCUCAUACUCUAUAUUCUUGCCCCCUUUAUUCUGAACUGCAUGAAAAAUCCAUUUCUUGUGUUAAUGAACUAAAUUUCCCUUGGAAUCCAUCUAAUAUAAUAGCUGGUGUUAGUCUUUGUAAUGGAUUGUUCUUGAUUUGCAUUGGCAUGUACAAUAAUAACUUGUUUUUGUGGAAUCCAUCUACUAGAAAUACCAAGAAAUUGCCUUCUUCUGGUAAUGAGUAUUCAAGGUGUGAUGUUACUUAUGGAUUUGGUUAUGAUGAGUCUAAUGAUGAUUAUAAAGUGGUUGAAAUUAAUGGGGUUUACGGUAUUCACUAUGUGUAUGGUGCCAAUCUCAAGAUUUAUAGUUUAAAGUCUAAUUCUUGGAGAAGGAUGAAAAAAUAUGGUGAUGCACUUUUUUCCCUUGAUUCAGCUGUGUUUGUGAAUGGAUCUCUUCAUUGGGCAGUGGCACAUAAUGAUGGAGUUAGUACUUUUUGGGAUAUAGUUUCACUUAAUUUGGAAAAUGAGAAAUUUGGGAAUUUAUCAUUGCCUAAUUAUGAUCCUGGUAAAUGUAAUGGUUCCACUUCAAGGCCAUUAGGAGAUUCAACUGAUUUCGAACCUGGGAUUUUGAAUUGGGCAUUAGGCAAAUUAGGGGAUUGCCUUGGUUUAUUUUGUGACUAUUACAAAGUUAAAUUGGAUGUAUGGGUAAUGAAGGAAUAUAACGCGAAAGGGUCUUGGACUAAAUCAGUUUCCCUUCCUUAUACAACGGGGAUAGGGCCUCGUAUUUCACCAUUGUGUGUAUUAGACAGCAACGAAGUGUUGUUGCACGAUGGAUCGCAUGUUAUGGUGUAUGAUGCAAAAAAAGAUGAUUACAAACGCGUGGAGAUUCAUGACAUGGACGAUAAUGGUGUUGGAGCAGCAACUGUCUAUGCUGAGAGCCUCGUUUCACCUGAUCUUGACAGUACUGUAAAUACGCCCGAGCUGAUAUGGUGAUAGCUGCAAGAAUGGUAAAAUGCUAGCUAGUACUUGUGUAUUCUUCUUGUGUUGCAUUUGAUGAUUCUUUUGGACUUUUGGUGUUUUAACAUGUUUCAUUUCCGUCUUAUUGUAUUAUGAAUUGUCUUAAGAUAUUGUCUUUGACAUCUAAUUCAUUGAAGAUAAUCUUCAUUUUGAGAUUUUCUGAAAAUUCAACUUGCUACAAUGUUUGAGAAGUCUAAAGUUACAUUGGAAAAUACAACAAAUUACUUAAAAUCUUUCAUAAGCAACGUGACUUGAAUCCGCCAGGAGAAAAAACUCCAUUUCCUUAAGUGCAACUUCCCAAACAAUCAAACCUUCUUCAUGUUUAUGGCUUUCAUUUGCCAGAAAGUCUGCACAUUUGUUCACCUCCCUCAAUUUGUGUAUAUUAGUAGCCUUAGCGGUUUCCAACAAAUACUUACAGUCUUCAAUAAUAGCCUUGAUUUUUUUUACCCAUCUUAAGAAACAGAUAUCUGCUUGUAAGCGACGAAAUUGUGAAACGUUUUACUGUCAUAUUGUUCUUGCUUUAUGCAUAUUUUAUAACUGAAAGGGUCCUUAAUUGUAUCGCAUGCCAUGCUUUUAUGUUGCUUUAGCAUAAGCUUUUUAACUUCAGGGCUCUAUUCAUAAUAAUGUAGCAGUACUAGUACUAGAAGUAGGUAGGGAGUGGUCUUUGUUAGGGAGCAAUUUACCUCCCAAUGUGAAACUUUCCUACGCGAAUCCGGAUUAAGUCGGGCCCCAAUACAGGUACCGAACACUAGGUGGGAAACCAAAAAACUAGUAUCCGUAGAAGUAGAAUUAGGGAAAGAUGGACACAAGAAUUGUCAGUAAAUAUGAACAGACAUGUAACACAAAUCAGAGCUGAUAUUUAUAAUCAUCACACGAAAACAAUCCACAAUCUUUUACAUUCUUUUUUAGUGAUAUAACAAACAUAAUUAAAACAAACAUUCAGUAAGUAAGAUGAACAGUGAUCCUUAACAAUGUCUCUGCACCAUCAGUAACACGUUGACCAGCUGGUAUUAGUGAACGAAUUUCAGCAAAUCCGCAUGCAUUUUUAAAUUUACCAGUUCCUCCAGUAACUGA